AUGGAUCGCAGUCUGGAGGAAAUUAUUUCGGAGCGUCCUGCGAAGCAGCAGCAGAAUCGUCGGGGACGAGGCGGUCGAAAUAAUAGCAAUGCGCCACGCGAUGGUGUGAAAAAGGUCUCCUUCCUCCUCUCUCCUCCUCACCUCCAACGACAUUCAAUUUCCUCAUAUCGUGACCGUGUUGAUCUGGAUCGUGAUUGGGUUCAUGAUCGAUUCGAAGAUACUGGAGACUCCCGUUCCUCACGUCGUGACAACCGGUCUAGACGCGAGAGAGAAUCGCCGGAUAGCGAUCAACCAGCUCGAUUGCGCAUCGAAAACCUUCACUGGGACUUGACGGAGGAGGAUUUGGAGGGCUUGUUCGGCAAUAUUGGACCGGUUCAGAGAGUUCGCAUCAACUUCGACCGUGCCGGUCGCUCUGAAGGAACUGCUACUGUCACAUACCAGUACCUCGAAGAUGCCAAACAGGCAAUUCGUGAAUUCGACGGUGCCAACGCCAAAGGCCAGCCAAUCCGAUUGACUCUUUUGCCUGCUGGAGGCCGUGGAGGACCAAGAGCGGAAAAGUCAAAGAGUCUCUUUGACCGAAUUGAGCGUCCCCUUGCAGACCGGACCGAGCGUAGCCUCAGUCCCGACGGAGAAGGUGCUACGGGUGGAGGACGACGUCGUCGAGGCGGAAGAGGAGGACGAGCAGGUCGCAGCGACACAUCGAAACCAGCUCCGGAUAACAUUGAUCGCUACGUUCCUGGCCAAGAACAAUCCCAACGCUCACCGACUCGUCGAGGCCAGGGGGGCCGUCGUCCUGGAGAACGCCGAGAUGAUAGACGCGGCGGCAACAGGGAUGGUCGUAGAGGUGCGAAUGGUGGCACUGGUCCUCGCCCUAAGAAGACGCAGGAAGAGCUCGAUGCGGAGAUGGAUGAUUACUGGGGUAAUACCGCUGCGGCCGCUGAGGGUGGCGCCGAGGAAAAGGUUGCUGCUGCACCUGCGACUGUGGCUACAGGUGAUUCGGCUGGGGCUGCGCCGGCAGUGAAUGACGAUGACAUUGAUAUGAUCGAGUAG